AUGACACGCUUCCGACCCUGCAUCGACCUACACGCAGGCCAAGUGAAGCAGAUCGUCGGCGGCACCCUCGACAGCAGCACUUCGGAGCUCAGGACCAACUUCGUCUCGCCCCAUCCGCCCGCCCACUUUGCCCGCCUGUACCGCGACGCCAACCUCGUCGGCGCCCACGUCAUAAUGCUCGGCCCGGGCAACGAAGUCGCCGCCAAGGAGGCCCUCGCCGCCUGGCCCGACGGCCUGCAGGUCGGCGGCGGCAUCACGGACAAGAACGCCGCCGAGUGGAUCGCCAACGGCGCCGACAAGGCCAUUAUAACCUCCUUUCUCUUCCCCGAAGGCCGCUUCAGCCAGUCGAGGCUAGACGCUGUGCUCGCGGCUCUGGGCAAUGACAAAUCCAAGCUCGUCAUUGACCUUUCGUGCCGUCGACGUGACACGGACUCCGAGCCAAAGUGGGUUGUCGCCAUGAACAAGUGGCAGACAUUGACCGACAUGGAGCUAGAACCAUACUGUUCCGAGUUUCUUAUUCACGCUGCAGACAAUGAGGGUCUUCAGGGCGGUAUAGAUGAGGAUCUUGUUCAAAAGUUGGCCGAGUGGUGCUCCAUACCGGUGACGUACGCCGGGGGUGGGAGAAACCUGGAUGACCUUGAGGCAGUCAAGAGAUUGAGCAAUGGCAAAGUUGAUCUGACCAUCGGUAGCGCCCUGGAUUGCUUUGGUGGCAGUGGCGUUAAGUUGGACGACUGUAUUGAGUGGAACAAGCGACAGGAAUAG